AAAUCUUGUAGAAAUAGAAAAUGAACUUACUGAUUUGCUUAGUUUAUCUGUUAAUAAUGUUAAAGAUUUUGUGCCUGAAGAUGAGCAACAAGAUACCAUCGAAGAGAAGCUUGAAGAUGAAAUAAGGGCUGACUGGAUGAUGCUAGCAGAGAUGGAUCCAAAUACAAUUGUAGUUGGUUCUUCUAAUUUUGGUUUAAAUUAUACUGAUCGAAAUUUUGACUGGAAUGGAGAUAUUAGACAACAGUAUUCAAAUCUUAAUUUUGAUGAUGUAGAUACAUUUAUCUACCAAGUAUUAGGCAGAGAUACUAUUAAUAAUGAGGAUUUAAACAUUCCUUCUGUAGAAUAUUCAAACUUAAAUAAUAAGCAGAUUAGGGUACUUAGUAGAAUUGUGUUGCAUUAUAAUAAAAUAGUAACAAAUAUCACAAUUGAGCUGAUCAGAAUUAUUGUUAUGGGAACUGCAGGAACAGGCAAGUUGUACCUAAUUAAUUCAAUUCAGCAAAAACUCCAAAAGAUAGCAAAAAACAUCAGUGUUGAAUACUCUCCCGUAAUUGUACUUGUAUCAACUGAA